AUGUCUCGGGUCUGGGGCGUGAUAGACAGUUUCCAUGAAAUUGACCAUGUAGGUUAUUUCCCUUCUCCUGGUUGUGAACCUUCCCUGGUAUCCAGAUAUUUUCUCAGGAGUCCAGACAUACCUCUAUAUCUCUAUCCAAAUUGUGUUAAAAUGAGUAAAGCAUUAAAAAGUUUCAUGCAUGUGGAAAUUUUGGUUAUGAAUGUUGACUAUUAUGGACUUGUCAGAAAGGAUGCGCUAAAUGGUCAGAAGGAAGACACGACAUCAAGAAUUAAAGCAGAGCUGCAUCCGAGAAAGAAAGUCAAGAAAGAAGUUGAGCUGUGGGUGGAAAAUGCUGAAAGGAUAAAUGUCGAAAUACAGAACCUAGAAUCUGAAGUUGAAGCUGGCAGCUUUCUCUCAUGCGGAUUCCUUGGAAAGAAUGUUCGUAAGAAGAUAGAAGAAGUUGAAGAACUUCUUGAAAAGGGCAGAUUUUCUGAUGGCUUAGUUGUUGAUGAUCCUUCAUGGACUGGACAGGUGUUUCCAACGCCAAGUUUAGUUGGUGAAACAAUAAAACUUAAGAAGGAUGAAAUUUUGGGAUACCUGAUGAAUAAUGAGGUUGUAAAGAUUGGAGUUCAUGGAAUGCCAGGAGUGGGGAAAACAAGUGUCAUGAAGCUUGUCAACAAUGAACUCCUAAACGAUGCAGACAACUUUAAUAUUGUAGUAUGGGUUACUGUGUCAGGAGAAAGAAGUGUUGUUGUACUACAGAAUAAGAUUGCACGGGCAAUGGGUGCUGUUAUUUCUGAAGAUGAAGAUGAAACAAUAAGAGCUGGGAUACUAUCUGAAAUAUUGGGUCAAAAGGGCAGGUAUGUGUUAAUCUUAGAUGAUGUACGGGAGCAUUUUUCUCUCGAGGAAGUUGGAAUUCCUGAGCCAUCUGCAAGUAAUGGGAGUAAAUUAGUGCUAACAACCCGAUCAUUGGAUGUAUGUCGACGCAUGGAUUGUCAAGAAAUAAAAUGGAAACACUUCCUGAAGCAGAUGCGUGGAGAUUGUUCUUGGAAAAAGUUGGUCCAGAUUUAAUGAAUAUUGCAGAUUUAGUGCCAGUUGCAAGAUCUGUUGCUCAGCAUUGUGCUGGUUUGCCACUGGCAAUAAUUGCAGUUGCUAGUAGCAUGAAAGCUGAAUAUAGCCUUCCUAUAUGGAGGAACGCAUUCAAUGAAUUGAAUAGGAAUGUCCAGAGUGUCAAUGGAGAUGUUAAAGACAUGGUGAUUCAGAAAUUGAGAUUCAGCUAUGAUCGUUUGAACGAUCCAAAAAUUCAGGAAUGUUUCCUCAUUUGUGCAGCAUAUCCUGAAGAUUCUGGCAUCCAUAAGGAGCAUCUGAUAAGGAACUGGAUUAGAGGGCGAUUAGUGGAUGAUAUGGGUGACAUGCAAGCAAACUUAGACAGAGGCCAGGCUAUCCUAAGAAAACUUGUUGACAAUUGCUUGUUAGAAGAUGUUGGGAAUGGAACAGUGAAAAUGCAUGAUCUUGUAAGAGAUAUGGCAUUGCGUAUCCAACAUCAGCUUUAUUCCUCAUAAAAUUAACUUUCAAUUAGAGCCAAAUGUACAAAGAGUAGGUGCCGGUGCUGUGGAAAGGAAAGACAUAUCAAAGGGAGUGAUUGUUUGCUAUUUUGUUUCCCAACAAGCUGAAAUUCCCAAGGAACAUCCAGACAUGGCUCUAUGUAUUUCUUAGUAAUUGAAGAAAAUAAAGAAGUCCUUCUUGUUUUAA